CGUCCCGCGACUACGCUAUAGUACACAUGCGCGCUGCACCGCUUUUCCUCAUAAUAUACGUUCGUCAUUCACAACAACCUCGUGACCAACGCUUUUGUCGCAUCGCCAAUAAAGCCAACGAGCACCACUAAUAACUUGUACUGUUUUCCACCGUUCUCUCUUGUAUAUUUUGAAUAAUCGUUAAAUUGUAAUCAACAAGCCGCGUUGUUCAAUUAUUUCAUUUUCUCGUCACGCCCCACGUGACUUGGUUGGAGGUAGUCGAUACGCCUACUAAACCGCAACCUCCACAAUAGUAUUAAUUGUUAAAACCGACGCGCCAUACACACGCACAGAUAUACGCAUAUACAUAGAGUGGAUAAGACGCGUCGCACAAAUUGUCAUUUGGUGCGGAAUACAAAGACCGACAAUAUUGUCGGCAAGAGACGCACCAAUCAGACGUCGAGUCAACUUUACUGUACCGCGCUACACCGCUCGAAUUUCAAGAUUCAACGCGAUGCGCAGUGUGAUACUGUGAUCCCGGCUAGACGACGUGUUCCAGACAAUACUUCGCUCGUCUUUGGCCUUUGUUUGCUGCCCUAAAACCGACUGUCGGACUAAGCUCGCGUACCUAUCGUAUUUUUGCCAAAUAGUCGUGUGGUUAAGUCGUCGCGCUGGUGAUUAGCAUAAGACGCGUUGCGUUUAUACGCCUUGUUUCUCGCCCGUGAUGGUCGUCAAUGUUGACGUUACCGCCGCCGAAGUGAAUCGAUGCGAUCGUCAUUCGGCUCUAACGAAACCACUACCAAUCCCGCUGUUCACUUUCCAGCAUGGAGUUUGUGUGUGCUCUGCAAGUUGCGGAAGUCAAUCGGUCAGCUUCACGUCCUGUCCAGGGCGACCAGAGUGAUUCCGCGCCGGAAUCAACCCAAGCUAUAUACUUGCUACUUGUUUAAUCACUGUACCGCCGAAGCAGCCACCGUUGUUUCAGAGGACACAUAUUUCAUUUUUCACGGAUCCCGCUGAGUGGUUGAUUUGUAUAUCCUGACGCUGGUCAGUGUCAUUCUGCAAAUCUUCGAUAACAUGUCUUCAAGUGUAAAAGAAAUGCUUGAAUGUGACCCUAAACGUAAAAUAUCUAAUUCAAAUGUCACAAGUUUUGCAUCAAAAGGAGCCAAAAAGUUUAAACUAGAUAAACCUGAUAAGGACAAUAGUAUCUUGUUUGAUAGAACAGUUUGUGUUGUACCAGCUAAUAUACCUCUAGAAAGGAAUUUCCCUCGGAAUUUCCAGUAUCCUACUAUUGAGAGUGGACAAACUGUAUAUGCAAUGCAGUUAACUAUAAAAGGUUCAUGUUAUGAUCCUAAUUCUAAAUAUGAUGAUGAAUUUUAUGCUGGUAUAGCAGCUGAACCUCCAAAUAUGCUUAAUAACUUUCGAUACUUGAUUUUUUUUUAUGAUAGUAAAGUUCAAUAUCGACAACACCAAGGGAUUCGUUUAAUUGCACGUUGGAGAAGUAUACAUGUUGUAUAGAUGAAGUAGAGAAUUCCUGGUAUUUUAUAAAAAGUUAUUUGGAAAAUUAUCCAAACCGUCAAAUGGUUGAGUUGACCAAUCAACAUUCAGUACUAGCAGUCCAACUUCAACAAUGUUAUUAGGUAAUGAAUAUUAAGAAUAUGAAUAUUAUGAAUAUUCAGUACUGCUAACCCAUUUUGUCUGUCUUCUGUCAUAGAAGAUCUCAUAUUAUUUUUCAACCACCGUAGGGAAGAAAAUGAUCUUUCUGCUGUUGCUGAUGUAAUGGUAAUUGUUGCAAAAAGUUUAAUAUCUGGAUAAAAUAAAUCACAAUAUACCAAUGUAUCAAUAGCAGUUUUGGGCUUUGGAUUUUCUAUAUUGGUCCAUUUCAUCUUCCAGAGUACACGCGAUACGAAAAAAUAAAGCCUAAACCUUCAAAAUCAGUGCGUGAAUACUUUGGAAACAACGAGUGUGUAUAUAUUAUGGAUGCCAAAAUUAGAGGCAAUAUUGGAUGUUAUUUCAAUCAUUCGUGUUCUCCAAAUAUAUUUGUUCAAAAUGUAUUCGUUGAUAUGCAUGACUUACAGUUCCCAUGGGUAUCGUUAUUUGCACACAAAAACAUACUGGUGGGAACAGAACAGACGGGUUCCACAAAAAUAAUAUGCAAUUGUCAGUCUCGAAAAUGUAGAGGGAGAUUACUUUAAAUAUGUAUACGUAAUAAUAAAUUGAAUAAAUCAACAAGUUAAUUAUAUUUUAUUUAUUAUUCUCAUGAAAUUAUUAUAAUUUCUACUAGUUUAAUUUUAAUGAGACAAAGAUUUAAGAGGACACUAACCUAACUUAAAAGUUUGAUAACAGGUCAAUUCACUCUUAAUAUCAAAACUAACAGCACACUAACUAGUGAAUGAAAAUUUGAUAUAUCGUACGUGUGUAAGACAGGGACAACAAAUGCAUGGGUAGCGUCCUCUUAAAUUAAAGUAUCAAAUAUACAACAACAAGCAUCAAGAGGACCAAAGCGAUUAUAAGUUUUUAUCAAAAUUCUUUAAGAAAUUAUCAAAAUAAUUAAAUAAUUUAACAUCAAUAUUUGGACGCAAUAUAAUAUUCAAUGCAUUCAAAACCAUUAAAUGAUUAUACACUUUAACAUUAAGUACAUUUUUCAAAGCAAGUGGUUCGUUAUAAAGUAAGAACUGACGAAGCUCGGUAGCCUUCAAUGACCAACAACUUUACUUAGUCUUGGUUUUCGUACAAAAUCACUAGUUAUUGAAGAUUUGAGAAACAUUAAUUUUGUACUAAUUUUUUAGAUUAUCGUACUUGGUAUAGUAGGAUACAGUCAAAGAACCUUAUGAUCUUCGUGUGUUCUUUCUCUAGAAUUACUAUAUUAAAAUGGGAAACAAGUACUUCCGACAUGUUUACCCUCUGCAAGAUACCUGGUGCAAGAAAAAUAACCAGUAUGACUUUUGAUUUUCCCAGUAAAUGACUUCGGAGCAUCAGCACAAAUUGCAUGUAUAGAAACUGUUCUUAUUAUAAUAUCGGAAUAAAUACAGAUUCUAACUAAAUCUUCUGCUUUGCCUAUAAAUUUUUUUUAAAAAUCAUUGAUAUGCUGGUUUAGAGUAGAAGUAGAAGCAUUAUUCGUAUUAAUAUACGAUUCAUUUAAUGGUUUAAUUGAUUUUAAAAUGGUUGCUCGAUUAUUAAGAAAUGUUAGUUCUUCUUGAAUUUUCUUUGUACAACUAAAUUUAUUAAUAUCAUGAUAUAAUAAACUAGGUAUAAUGCACACAUCGUGAUACGCAUUCUCCUCGCCCGCUGACCAUCACUCUGACAAAAAAUGGCGCUGGUCUUUCGCCGUUUUUAAAUUUCUCAUUAUGAUAAUAAUAUUAUUAAUAUCUAAACCAAUGAAAAGUAGCAAAAGACGGUCGCCAUC